CUACCGCUUUUCGUAUAGCCAAGGCCUAUGAUAAAAGUAAAGAGUGUUUAUUAAAAGCUAUCGAAUGUCACAAAAACAAUCGGUCGUGGUUUCACGCUGCAAAAUGCUACGAGCAGAUUAUUCUCAUAUUAAAAGAAACGAACUGCUUACCGGAAAUUGAAGAAAACGUGAAUAAAGCCUGUAACUUAUACCAGCAACAUGGAUCACCUGAAGCAGCUGCAACGGCUUUAGACAAAGCCGCAAAAAUUGUAGAACAAAAGCAUCCCGAAUUAGCUCUAACAUUCUAUAAACAUGCUCUGGAAGUUGUUAUGUUAGAUGAUUCCACACGCCAUGCUGCUGAAUAUGCAUCGAAAAUUUCAAGAAUUUUAGUAAAAUUGCAAAGGUAUGAUCAAGCUGCAGAUGCAAUAAGACGUGAGAUUGGUUUAAAUCAACAAACCGAGUCUUAUGGACAAAUCGGGCGUUUAGCGGUAGCACUUGUUUUGGUUCAGCUUGGCCGAGGUGAUUUUGUGGCAGCUGAAAAAGCUUUUAAAGAAUGGGGAAAUUGUUGUGAUUCAGAGGAAGUUCAAACACUAGAACUGCUUUUGCAAGCUUUUGAUGACGAGGACCCUGAUUCAGCCAAACGGGCUUUAGCAGCUCCUUUUAUUCGCCACAUGGAUGUGGAAUACAGUAUUCUCGCUAGGGACAUUCCAUUACCACAUGGUUUGUCAACCGCUCCAAAAGCUGAUGUGAUCAAAGACGCCGCUCCUUCCUAUAUGUCGCCAAAUACAGAGAUAUCUGAUGAUGGUUCAAAUAAAGCUGAUGUACCUGUCGAUGACGAAGAAGAGGAUGAAGGAUUGUGUUAGUCAAUAUUAACUAGUUAUAUUUCUAAAGCUAAUAUUCGUUUUGGUAUUUAAUAAGGUUAAUAAAAGUUUACUCCCUUAAGAGAUGUG